UAAACUGAACAUUUGUUCUGCCUUUGCAACUUCAAUGCCCUCAACCCAAAAUCAAGGAUCUCUUUGUUUUCUCUCACACCCUCUUUUCUUCUCUUUCUUUUUGCAAAAAACAACAACUUGCUUCCCUUUCAUUUUUCAUAGACACCAUUAUUCGGCAGAUAUUCAAAUGGCCAAUUCGGCGUCAGGGAUAGCAGUGAGCGAUGACUGCAAGCUGAAAUUCUUGGAAUUGAAAGCAAAAAGGAACCACAGAUACCUAGUGUUCAAGAUAGAGGAAUCUGUGCAGCAAGUUGUGGUUGAAAAAGUAGGAGGACAGGCUGAGACACAUGAAGAUUUUGCUAACAGUUUGCCUCCCAAUGAGUGCCGUUAUGCUGUUUUUGACUACGACUGGACUACUAACGAAAAUGUCCAGAAAAGCAGGAUCUUUUUUGUUGCUUGGUCACCAGAGACAGCAAGGGUAAGAAGUAAGAUGCUGUAUGCAAGUUCAAAAGACAGAUUCAGGAGAGAAUUAGAUGGUGUUCAAGUUGAGUUGCAAGCUACUGAUCCAAGUGAGAUGAGUUUGGACACAUUCAUUGGAAGAGUAACCCAUUGAUUUAAUUUCCUAUACUUUCUUUCCCACUAAUUCAUUACUAUAUAUGUCUAAUUUGACUUGGACCUUUAUUUAUUAGGUUCUAAGGAAUUAUGUUAUUAUUUAUUUAACUAAGAUGUUCAGUUUUGUCUUUUAAUACUUUUGGUUUAUGUAAACUAUAUGUUACAAUGUGAUGGGAUCCUUUAUAAUUUUUAUUCA